CUCUUUUUUUGCCGGACUGACCAAAUUCCACCCUGCGGGGUGCAUUUUUCCUGGUUAGUUAAUGCAUGCCUCAAAAAGCAACACACCAGCGGUUCUCACUUGAUCUUCGCCUGGACCUCGGUGCACCCUAUGGUGUCACGGCGGGCGCCGAGCCAUGGCUGUUCCCCGGACCGUCUUCCUAAACGGUGAGGGGCGUUCGGAUGGAGACGGCGGGUGGCCGGACGGCGCGGCUCCGGCCCAUUCGGCGCCGGUGCGCUCGCGCUCCCUGUGGACGGCGGCCUACGACUACGAGGCCACCGCCGAGGACGAGUUGAGCCUGCGGCGCGGGGACGUGGUCGAGGUCCUCUCCAAAGACGCGGCCGUCUCGGGCGACGAGGGAUGGUGGACGGGCAGGCUCGACCGCCGGGUCGGAAUCUUCCCGUCCAACUACGUGACCUAUCGGCCGGCCGUGUACAGACCGGCGGUGGCGUCGGCGGCGGCCCAGGAUCCCCUGCGCAUCCCCUUCGGCGAGCUCUUCCUGGAGGAGAUUAUCGGCGUGGGCGGCUUCGGGAAGGUGUACCGCGGCACGUGGUGCGAUCAGGUGGUGGCCGUGAAGGCGGCUCGCCAGGACCCGGACGAGGACAUCACGGUCACCGCGCAGAGCGUCAGGCAGGAGGCCAAGCUCUUCUCCAUGCUGCACCACCCCAACAUCAUCCGGCUGGAGGGAGUGUGUCUGGAGGAGCCCAACCUGUGCCUGGUCAUGGAGUACGCUCAGGGUGGCACGCUGAACCGGGCGCUCGCCGGCCGGCGCGUUCCGCCCCACAUCCUGGUCAACUGGGCUGUGCAGAUCGCCAGAGGGAUGCAGUACCUGCACGAGGAGGCUGCCGUACCCAUCAUCCACCGGGAUCUCAAGUCUAGUAACAUUUUAUUACUUGAAAAGAUUGAAAACAACGACAUCGGUAGAAAGACUCUGAAGAUCACGGACUUCGGCUUGGCCCGAGAGUGGCACAAGACGACCAAAAUGAGCGCCGCCGGUACCUACUCGUGGAUGGCUCCUGAGGUCAUCAAGUCCUCCCUGUUCUCCAAAGGCAGUGAUAUAUGGAGUUAUGGGGUCCUGCUGUGGGAGCUGCUGACCGGAGAGGUACCGUACCGCGGUAUCGAUGGUUUGGCCGUCGCGUACGGAGUCGCCGUGAACAAACUGACCCUCCCCAUCCCGUCCACCUGCCCCGAACCCUUCGCCAAGCUCAUGGAAGAAUGCUGGGAGCAGGAUCCCCACGUCCGGCCCAUGUUCGCUGCCAUCCUGGAGCAGCUGACCGCCAUCGAGGAGGCGGUGAUGGCCACCAUGCCACAGGACUCGUUCCACUCCAUGCAGGAGGACUGGAGGGUGGAGAUCCAGGAGAUGUUUGAUGAGCUACGGACAAAAGAGAAGGAGCUGCGUUCGCGCGAGGAGGAGCUGAUGCGGGCGACGCUUCAGCAGAAGUCUCAGGAGGAGCUCCUGAAGCGGAGGGAGCAGCAGCUCGCCGAGAGAGAGAUCAACGUUCUGGAGCGAGAGCUCAACAUCCUCAUCUUCCAGCUCAACAAGGACAAACCCAACGUCAAGAAGAGGAAGGGCAAGUUCAAACGCAGCCGGCUGAAGCUGAAGGACGGGAACCGCAUCAGCCUGCCAUCAGAUUUCCAGCACAAGAUCACGGUUCAGGCUUCACCCUCGGUGGAGAAGAGGCGGAGCCUGAACAGUACCGCUUCUAGUCCCCCGAGCAGCCCCACCCUCGUCCCGCGUCUCCGGGCCAUUCAGUUGACUCUGGACGAGAGCAACAGGACGUGGGGUAAAAGCACCAUAAACAAACCCGAGGAGUUCGAGGACGCCAAGAGGGGCAUUAAGAAGAAAGUUCGUACCUGGGGACCGAGCUCCGUUCAGACCAAGGAGAGAGGGACCUGUGCUGAAAGGGUUCGUCCGCUUUCCGAUGGAAACAAUCCCUGGUCCACCAGUCUGCUGAAGUCUCAGAGAUCCGUACCACUGGCGGCGCUGUUCGCAGAGCAGGGGGGCGCUAAAGAGGAGACGAGCUCCUCCGAUGGUUUAGACAACAAACCAAAGCAACUCAAGUUUCCCAAUCAGAUCUACAUCAGUCUACCUCUGUGGAAGGACGACCAGGGCGAGGGACCCGGGUCGGGCUCGGGUGGCGGCUUGGAGAGCCAGGAGGAAGCGGCUACGUCCGCCGGCUCGACCGGCACCACGCCGCAGCACACGCCCACCAACAGCCUGAAGCGUGCGGCCGGGCGGCGCCGGACGGACGGCGUGCUGUACGGCUGCGCCUCGCUCCUGGCCGCCGUGGCGCUGGGCGUGGACCUGCGGGACGCCUGCAGGGGGGCCGCGCCCGCGGACGAGGGCGAGCCCCGCGAGGACAGGAAGAAGCGCGAAGGCCUGUUUCAGCGCGCCACGCGUUUCCGGCGCAGCACCAGCCCGCCGCGCCGGGACGACAACCUGCUGGCCAUGUCGUCCAUCACCGAGUGUAACUCCACCAAGUGUCUCCUGCAGGCGGACCCCGAGGGCCCGGGGCGCGGCACCGCCAACGGAUUCCAGCAGAUGAACUCAAACGGGCAGGGCGUAGGCAGGACGGACUCUUCGUGCGCCCCCUCCUUGCCCGCCGAGCUUGGCACCGGCCCUGGCACCCGGCUCGGGAAGAAGAAGUCCGGUCCUGCUGUCGGUCAGAACGUCGGCACGAGCGUCUCUGCGCCCGGCGCGGCCCCCGAGGGCCCGACCGCCCCGUCCUCCCGGAGGAAGAAGCCCGACCGAGAGGGCGUCCCGGACGAGCGGGCCCCGCCCGGAUCGGCCCCCGGACCCCGCCCGCUCUCCCUCAGGUCCCGCCCUCACUGCUGGGGGCUCCUGAGAGGCAGGAACAAGAGUUACUCGCUGGGUCACAGCUCCGGGCAGAAGCGCGCCCAGACCCUGGCCAUGGCGCUGUCCUCCGAGCUCGGGGCGGACCGGCCGCUGCUGGACGUGGACACGGAGGGGCAGAAACGGGACUGCACCGUGCCCCUCUGCCGAAUCCAGAGCGCGCCGGGGCGGCCCACGGUGUUCGAGCUGGAGAAGGAGUUCUACUCCUGAACCCCUGAACUCCUGAACUCGGCCUCUUCUUACAGAGAGCCACGCCCGACUUGAAA